AUGUUGCGCCAAAUCAAAUUUCUACACUAUGUUUUAAAGUCUUUCUUGUAUAACUCGUUUAAUUCGAGUUUAACACUAAUUGAAACUGCCUUUCAACCGACCUUGUUUUGCUUUGAUAUCCUUAUCCGAAUUUUAGGCCCGCUAUUUGUAGUAUUGGUGAUAGGUCUGACAACAGUCGUGGUCGUUCUUUACUACCGACUCCUAGUUCCGAGAAUUUUAACUUAUGGCUUUAUUCGAUCAUCAUGUCAUCUUUUGUAUGCGCAUUGGUUAUUAGUCAAUAUCUGCCAUCAGUAUUAUCGAGCAGUUUGUACAGAACCUGGAUAUCCUGAUGAGGUUAUUGAUAUUAUUGUAUAUCUGUAUUUAUAUAAGAAAUUAUGCUCUUAUCAAGGUAUCGUUGCUAAACCUCCAAGGACUCAUCACUGUCGCAUUUGUAGGAGGUGUAUUAUGAAGAUGGAUCAUCACUGCCCUUGGGUAAAUAAUUGUGUAGGUCGGAAUAACCAUCGCUAUUUUAUACUCUUCUGCGUAUACAUGUUUCUUGGCACGUUAUACGUCUCUCUCUCUGGAUAUGAUUUAUUUCUUGAUCAGUUAUAUCUCCAGGUAUAUCGUUCGAAAUUGAACUUGGCUUCCGAGUAUGAAACGGAUCAGUCUAGUGCGUUAUUCUUAGGAAUUCUUUGUGCAACAGUGGCUUUUAUAUUAUUACUCUUUACUGGCUGGCAUUGUUUUCUUAUAUCUACAAAUCAAACGACGAUAGAAACGUAUGCCAAUAAGAAAAAGAAAAAGUUAUUGAAGAAAAAAGGAAAGCGAUUCCGUAAUAAAUAUGACCGUGGCUUUGUAAGUAAUUGGAGGUCAGUUCUUGGAAUCUCAAGAAAUGAUAGUUUUGCCUUAUUAUUGUGGCCGAAAGCCUUACCGCCUAUCCGAGACGACUACAGAACUGACUACAGCAAUAAACUUAAUGGAAAUUUUAUAGUGGAAACUGUACGCUCUGUUUGAUAUGUUUAAUAGCAUAUAUAUAUAUAUAUACUUAUACCCGUAUAAUUUGUAUAUCCUAAAGAAACCGUAUCACGCACGGAAGUAAAAUAGGAGCCUAUGCUAUCGCAUGAGCAUAACGCUCAUUUUUCUUCGAUCCCAUGAUUCGAUAUUGAUAGGAAAUGUAACUCCAUUGCUAACGACUAAAUUUUAAGAAUAAAUAUUUGAUACCGAAUCCAAAUUGUUUGAUAUAACCUGCUGAAAUUUUUAUAUUAUAUGGCUGUUGAUAAUGCUGGUGCUGUAUGAUAAUUAAUAUGCCAUUAAAUUUGUCUUACAUAGUGAUAUUACGCUGUAUAUUAUGUAAAUGUAAUAAAUUAAAAUAG